AUGGGUAAAGGAGACGUUAAGAAAGCUGUUAAGCCAGCCAAGGAAGUGAAGAAGGGGAAGAAAGAGGAGAAGGCAGUGAAGACUCCUUCAAAGAAGGAGGUCAAGGAGACCAAGACCAAGGGCAAGGGUAAGAAGAAGGAGGAAAGUGAGAGCGAGUCUAGUGACUCUAGCGACUCGAGCGAUUCAAGCGAUUCUGAGGGCGUGAAAGAUUCUAGCGAUUCUAGCGAUUCUAGCGAUUCGAGCGAUUCGAGCGGCUCAAACGAUUCAUCUGAUUCUAGCGAUUCUGACGAUUCGAGCGACUCUGAGAGUGCCGACAGUUCUGAUUCUGAUUCUGACUCUGAGGAAGAGAAGGAAGAGAAGAAGGAGGUGAAGAAGGAGAAGAAGGAGAAGAAGGAGGUCAAGGAAGAGAAGAAAGAGAGUUCUGAAUCUGAUAGUUCUGACUCUGACAGUUCUGACUCAGACAAUUCUGAUUCUGACAGUUCUGAUUCUGACAGUUCCGACUCUAAUAGCUCCGACUCCUCUGACUCCGAUAGUUCUGACUCUUCUGACUCCGACUCUGAGGAAGAGAAAGAGGAAAGUAAGGGGGAAAAGGAGAAGAAGGAAAGCUCUAGUAGCGAUAGCGACAGCUCUGACAGCGACAGCUCUGAGUCUGCAGCUGAUGCCUCAGAGUCCCGCAAGAGAAAGACCGAAGAAGAGCCAGAGACCCCAUCUAAGAAACCUAAGGAGGUUGCCACUCUGUUUGUCGGUAGACUGGCGUGGGCAGUCGACGACCAGAGACUUUUAGAGGAGUUCCAAUCUUUGGACGGAGUUUUGUCUGCCAGAGUUAUGACCGAGCGGGAGACGGGUCGUUCGAGAGGGUACGGAUACGUUGACUUUGAGUCCAAAGAACAGGCACAGAAAGCUCUGGAGCAAUUCCAGGGCAAGGAGAUCGAGGGCAGACCAAUCAAUCUUGACAUGUCGACCUCGAAGCCCCAGACUCCGUCCCAGAACCAGAAGUUCCAGGACAGGGCCAAGAAGUACGGCGAUGCCCCAUCGCAGCCGUCCGACACCCUGUUUAUUGGUAACCUCUCGUUCCAGGCCGACAGAGACACUCUGAAAGAGUACUUUGAGCAGCACGGUACCGUCUUGGGCAUCAGAAUCCCUACCCACCCUGAGUCCGAGCAACCCAAGGGAUUCGGAUACGUCCAAUUCGGCUCUGUUGACGAGGCCAAGGCGGCUCUGGAGGCUUUGAACGGCGAAUAUAUUGCUGGCAGACCUGUGCGUCUUGACUUCAGUGCUCCAAGAGACCCUAACGGGGGCUCUCGUAGCGGCACGCCUACCCCUCGUGGCGGCCGUGGAGGAUUUGGCGGCGGACGCGGAGGAGCUCGCGGUGGCUUCGGCAGAGAGCGGUCCAGCGGAAGCGGCGCUAAUUCCGUUCCUGUGGCCUUCAAGGGUAAGAAGAAGACUUUCGACUAA